GGGUCAAAGUCAAGGUCGUCUCCAAACUCGGAAUUAGUCAUCCUGAUGUGUAUUGAGUAACAUUUAUACCACUAACGACUUGACAAGACCAGACCAGACGAGACAAGACAAGACAAGACAGGGCACAUUUCAAAAGUAGAAAGCAAGCAACAAUGAGCAGCAAUGUACUCGCAACACACGGGAAUCAGAGGACAAUGAACCUCAAUUCCAUCAUCUUUCAAAACAUUAUUGAUUCCCCAUAUCUGAAGACACUGCAGAACCUUUCAAACUUCCAGGAAAUUGUCAAUGAGGCCCAGCGAAACGGUAAGUUUGGAUUGAUAUACUUUGUAGCUUGUGAUAAGAACCGUCAAUUGCUGCACAAUACUCUAUUUCUCUCUUUCUCUCUCUCUCUCUCUUUCUUUCUUUUUUGUUUUGUUUUUGCUUUUUGUUUUAUUUUAUUUUAUUUUAUUUUAUUUUAUCUUUUUUGUUUUCAGUUGGCUUUCCUCCUCUGCCUUUAGGCUUUUGUUGAUGCGUGAUAGGAUACAUGGCGCACAUGGAUAGUGUUUCGAGCAUGCUUUUAUCGACGCUAAACAAUAUCUUUGGA